AUGGAUGCCCCAUCCCCCUUCAAAGACAUUCCAGCAGUAGAAAUACUCAAGAAAUCCAUUGGAGAUCGUUUUGGUGCGAUUAGAAAUUUCUCGUAUUUGGGGUUGGGAUGUGAUGCACCUCAUGCCUUCGACAACUUUGGUUGUAUUGACAAGGAUAUUUGGGGAAAAACAAAGUCUAAAGGAAAGAUGGAAGAGACUUUCUCGUAA